AUGUCCACCGCGGAAGCCGCCCUCGCGGGGCCGGGGGGAUCCUUAAAGGAGCGCGAGCGGGGGGAGGGCGGAAGGAUGCGCACAGUCCCCCGCUCCGCCUCCGAAGUGAUGCCUGAGGACUUAGGCGGAGGCGGAGGGGGCGGGGGCGGCGGGCGCAGGGCCCCCCUUAGAUCCCCCAGCACAAGUCUGCGGUCUAACUCGGUAUCUAAAGAUUAUGAGGAUGAAAGGGGCUGGAGCGGCGGUGGCGGGGGGUAUGGUAACCAGGACAGGCCGUACACUUCGCAUGGGUAUGGGCGGCGGAGGGAUGAGUACGGGGGAGACGAGAGGGGCGGCGGCGGGAGAUACGACGGGGAUGAGGAGCAUAGGCGGCUAGCUAUGGAGCUUGAAAGAGAGAGGGAGGAGAGGAGGAAGCUACAGGAAGAGUUGAAGAGGAUGGAAAGAGAGGUUAAGGAGAAGGAAGAUAGGAAGAGGACGGAUAAGGAGAGGAGGACGAUGGAGAAGGAGAGAUUAGUUGCUGACGUGGCGGCUUUAAAGCUGCCCGUGGACAGAAUUGCAGUGGAGGAGAAGAAACCUGCCCGGAGAGGAAUCUUUUCGGUGUUUUCCAGCCGCCCAAAAACGCCAGAUGUGGACAAAGCGGCGGGGGCGGCGCAGGGGAACACUGUAGCAGUGGUGCUGCAACCCUCACCAGGAGCUAGGCCAGUCACACCGGAAGGGUUGCAAGCUAGGCUGACCAGAAAAAACCGAGAGGUGAUUCGGGCAGCUAGAAAAGAAGCGGCAGCAGCGGGAACGGGCGGAGGGGGAGGAGGAGGCGGAGGGGGAGGGGGCGCGGGAGGGGGCGCGGGUCAGGGGGGAGGUGUGAAUAUAUUGAAGCGGCCUUUAGCGGAUGUGAAGGAGGCUUAUAAGCUGGAUAAAAAUGAGCUGGGGCGAGGGCGGUUUGGGGUGAUUCGCGGGUGCGUGUGCCGCGUUUCAGGGGAGCGAUUCGCGUGCAAGUCGAUCAGCAAAAGCAUGCUGCAGUGCCAGCAGGACAUAGAGGACGUGAGGAGGGAGGUGGCGGUGAUGGAGAUGCUCAAGGGGCAUCCCAGCAUUGUCAACCUGCGAAACGCGUUUGAGGAUGCGCAGGACGUGCAUCUGAUCAUGGAGCUGUGCGAGGGGGGCGAGCUGUUCGACCGCAUCAAGCUGCGGGGAAAGUUCCCGGAAGGUGACGCGGCGCGGGUGAUUCGCACGGUGGUGCUGGUGCUGCGGCACUGCCACGGGGCCGGCAUCAUGCACCGCGACUUAAAGCCGGAGAACAUCCUUCUAGUGUCGAACCAGAGCGAUACCGAUCUAAAGGUUAUUGACUGGGGUGUGGCUACCUUCUUCCAGAAAGGCAAGCCGUGCACUGACAUGGCAGGCAGUCCCUACUACCUCGCUCCCGAGGUCCUAGCGGAGAAGUACGGCCCUGAGGCCGACAUGUGGAGCGCGGGCGUGGUCUUAUACAUCCUGCUGUGCGGCCUGCCGCCCUUCUGGGGCACCACCAACGACGCCAUUUUUGAGGCGAUCAAGAAUGCCACGCUGAACCUUGUGAGGCCUCCGUGGCCGUCGAUCUCGGACGAGGCGAAAGAUCUUGUGGUCAGGAUGCUCACGCGUAACCCCAAAAAGCGGAUCACUGCGGAAGAGAUUCUGGAACACCCGUGGAUUCGCGCCAACACCAGCUGA